GACGUAUAUCCGGUUUAGUUCACUAGCAUAAAGAGCAGGGACGUGCCCGACAAGUUGAACGCCCUGUUGUUGCCUAAAAAUCAAACAGUUCUGCAAAUAAUUGUCAACAACAUGGCAGAAAGUGACUGGGAUACCGUAACUGUUUUGAAGAAGAAGGGAUCGGCUGCACAGUCAAAGUCUAAGCAGGCUAUACUUACUGCUCAGAGGAAAGGAGAAGCCGUCGAAACAUCGAAGAAAUGGGCUGCUGGACAAAACAAACAGCAUGUUGUGACCAAGAACACAGCCAAGUUGGACAGAGAGACAGAGGAGCUCAGCCAUCAGAGAGUGCCUCUGGAAGUAGGGAAGGUGAUCCAGCUGGGCCGGCAGAAUAAAGGCCUCACCCAGAAAGAUCUGGCAACUAAAAUCAAUGAGAAGCCGCAAAUCAUUGCAGAGUAUGAAUCUGGGAAGGCCAUUCCCAAUAACCAAGUCAUGGGGAAGAUUGAGCGAGCCAUUGGCCUUAAGUUGCGUGGAAAGGACAUUGGUUUGCCGCUUGAUUCUGACCCUAAGAAGAAAUGAGUACAAAAUCCUCGAAAGAUCCACCAUUCACUGAAACCUUUCAGUACUUGUAUGAUCUUUACAGUUAAUCUUUAUUAAUUGCUGCAUUACUUCAUAUUUUCUCGAUUCAAUGGUGGAUCAGACACGCUCAUAUUGCCACAUACACAAAAGGCUUAUUAUCUAACGUUUUAUGUCAGAUGAUGAAGACUUGGAUUAAAUAUAUUUUUUUCUUUUUUUAAGCUUGCUCACUGCUUUGAAAUAAAAACGUAUUUCUAUGUCUGAUUAAGUUGUCUUCUAAAUGAUUCUGCACUUUUUCAAUAACCCAUUAUUUGAAGUAUUGGGAAUCUCAUUUGUUAAACACUUAGUUUAAUGUUAAAUGCUUUACUAUAAUAUCAAAAAAUGAUGUACUAUGCAAAUGAACUUGCACUCGGAACCAUUAAACCUCUCGUGGUUGCAGUCGGACUCUCAUUCAAGCGGACGUUGUUGCCACAGGCAGCCGCUGGCGUUGUUUUAAUAAGCUGCUGUUUUUUCUCGAAUUAUUAUACGAGGAAACCGUGAACGGUUGAUCAAAUUUGAAUACAACAGAAGACCAUGUUCUCAUAAAACUACUUUAUUUCGAUAUUUCAACUAUCAGCGGGUCGUUCAUUGCUAACUGCAUAAAACAUCGCCAGCAAAACGCAGUGAGGAUUAGCAACUGGUGAAGACAAGCGUUUAAAGUCGCUGUUCUCCCUUCAUCAAACCUGCUGCCUCGGGACAUUUUUCUAAGGGCAUGAUCGAAACCGAGACGACAUUUGAGAUGUCCACCCUCAUGAGAGCUCUAUCAGGCCGUCUGCCUGCCCUUCAUCGUUCCUCGCAAUGACGGAGCGCUGUCCUUCAGCCGAGAAGGCGCUGUCGGAGGGCUUCGCGCGGCUGCGCUUCAAGGACACCUCGCUGCUGAUCUGGCAGCAGCAGCAGCUGGAGCUGGAGAGGGCUCCUCCCAACAACUACCUGAGCCGCAGCCAGAGCUCCUGGUACAGCCGGUACGGCAACCAGGCAGUGGUGAUACGGGACAAAACAAGACUAGACUCCGACAGCACUGGACAGUCCCGGAUUUGUGCUGUUAUGUGAUCCCGGUAUUCUUGUUGUGACUAAUAAUUCGCUACACAUUUGAGUGUUAGUCAAGUUUAAAGUAUUUGUGAUCUGUCCACAUGUCAUUACUCAGACAGUCGGGUGCUCAUGUUUACACUGAGCUUCAUGAACAAUAUAUUAUACAGUAUUUUUAACAUUUAUACAGUGCAACAGCAGUAUCGUUGGAGAAACUCUACCUGUUUAUUAUAGUUACAGACUAACGAGUACCAAAACUCAGUUUAACCAAUUGAAAAUCUAAAUUUUAACCCAGAUUAAAAGUGAACACAAAAUGUAUAUCAUUGGAUGCCCCACUUUAACAAACUCCAUAUAAUCUUUUCAAAGUAUGUUAUUGCUGGUAGCAAUAUUACUAGGCUACUUUUUUUUUCGUCGCAAAAGAAAAAAUGUUAUUGCUAAAAAGACCCAACAGAUUUUAAUAAUACACUACUAAUAGACCUUUUAAGUAUUUAUGUUUUUUAUGUUUCCUUGUAUGGAGCUUUGAAGCCUCCAAAAAUAUAAAAAUGUUUGUUAAAUCAAGAUUUAAAUGAGGUUUACAAACUUAAGUUGGUACAUUUUGACAACUAGACCUCAGUACACUGCGCAAGACAGUAUUUUUCAUUGUACUAAUUUUAAUGUCUUCUAAAAAGAAAGAAAAAAAAAUAUAAAAACAUUAAGUGCACUCCAAUAAAUAUAUCUAGAUAGUAAAAAGACACUCCUAUGGGUUUUUGUGAUUUAUUAACGAAAAACGAGGGGCUCCGUGUCCAAAUCUCAGAUUAGUUUAUACAUCAGAUAUUACCGUGUAAGUCUGUGCCAAAACAUACUUAACUUGCUUUAACUUGCUGAACUUAACAUAUGCAGCGCUACCAAUUUAAACAUUUUACUCGAAAGAAUGACAUUUACAUGUUAUAAACUGCUCGAAAAGUUUAAGAAAUAUACUGUAAAUUGGCAUGCAAUACACAAAUGUUCUCUCUCUCUCUCUCUCAUAAAAAAAGAACUAAAAUACUUAGACCCAAGACAGAGUUGACGAAUAAGUAGUGAAUAUACAUUUAUAUCUGUAAUUAUAUAUCUUUAUAUCUCUUGUCUGCAUCAUGAAGAUCAGUUUUAUUUACUGGGCUCUGCUGGAGGAAUUGAGGAAGAGGAGCUGUAACAGAAAUCACCUUAGAGACAAGGUAAGUUAUAGACACAAGGCACAUGUAAUGCAAUACAGUGGUAUAAUGAAUAAAAUCAAACCAUAUUUAAAAGCAUCCUACAUAUAAGAAAACCAAUGAAGUCACUUUACAUCACGAUUUUUUGAUGCGUUUUCAUGAUUUAAAAAAAAAACAAAAAAAAACCACAUUGGCUUCAACUUGAUCAGUUACACCGGACCAAUCUGACUUUAUUUUAAUGUGCCAACUAAACUUAAGGCAACAAGAGCACAUCCAAUGAUUUUGAAGGGUUCAGAGUUGAAUUCAAGGCUGUUAAAUGAAAUAAAACCUUGCCAGUGCUACAAACCCAGUGAAUGAGUGGCAUUGCUGCAGCCACAAGAAGAAAAUGAAAAAAUAACCUCGUAAUACAUUCAUAUUUUUUAUAAAGAUUAUCAGUCAUGGUCCAUUUCCAAACUAUUCUGGAUACAUGGCAAGAAGUGUCUAGGUACCAUUGAAAGCAUUCAAUACACCAUUUGAAGAAAAACUAAAGUAAAAUAAAGUUAUUAAAAUUGAGAACAUACAUUAGUUGUAAUACUUUCAACUAAAAGUAACUAUUGUCAAACACACAUCCUUCUGAAAUGACAUCUAGCACAGCUGCUUGAUAUCUUGUCAAAGAGAACUUAACGUCUUUUCUUAACGGAGAUCUCCUCUAAGUGGCUAUUUGUCCAAUAGAGCUAGUAUGCACUUGGGUUUCCCAUGGAGGAGUUUCAUAGAGGCUGAUUCAUUCCAAUCUGCAGCCUUAUGGGCGUUUUUAAAUUUCUGAAUGUAUUUUUGCAAUCAUUUUUGAAAAAUAUACCCCCCAUUUCUUAUAUACUGAACUUAAAUCACAACUUUGAUUGUCCUAUGAGUGGACUUCGUAAAGAUGAGGCAUAUCAGAUAGAAAGUAGGAAAUGAGAUACUCAGGGCGCCUACAAAUUAAUAGUAAAAAAAAAGUAGAAGACAAUCCAAAUAGAAAACAAACAAAUGAGCGUAUGAUAUAGAUUAAAAAUUCAGACAUAAUUCUACAUCAAAUACUGAGCUGACGGCACCGGAAGAGAAAAUGUACAGUUUUGAAAUAGCCAAAAAUGAUUGCGAAGUCUCUAAAAACGGUUUAAUAAUGAUACUGACAGUUUCCAGAUGCGGCCUAGAGUACUAGUGAGUUAUGUUGAGCCAAAUUUCUUACAUUUAAACUGGUCAACUGGAAACAUUUCUGUUGAAAACACAUAACUUUGUGCCUUUUUGGAUUAAAAAAAAUAAAUAGAUUCUCUUAAAAAUGGUAACAAUGACGAGUAUUAUCAUAGUCAGCAAAAGAAAUGUGGAAUGAGCUGAAAAGUCAUGCCAACAUGACAGAACCACACCGGAGUGAGAGCCGAUAAUUCAUUGUUUGUUCCUUCAGACUUUGUGUAGCUACUCGAUCAGUAAAAUGCAGCCAGGCAUUUGUCAGUUUUUCCACUAACGCAUGUUUUCAGUAUGGAUCUAACGAGCAGCAACCUAAAAAAGAAGAAAAAAA